CUCCUCCUCUCUCCCUCUCACCUCUCCGCUCCUCUGCUGCAUCCUCCGCCAUGGCCGACCAUCCCACGGGCAUCGGCCCGCCGCCCGCGCUGCGCGAUGCACCGCACGUCUUCUGGCACCUCUACGCCGGCGUCGUGACGUUCUACCAGGUCUUCCUCGAGCCGCUGCUGUGCCAUCUGCGCCUCACCACGCCCGGCUUCGGCGACCCGACGUACGGGCGCGCCAGCCUGCCCAUUGCGCCGCGCGAGCGCCAGCUCAUCCACGACAAUCCCGACGUCCACGUCGAGCGGCAUCGCCUCAUCCUCAAGGCCGACGCGAUGCGCAGAGGCGGCAGCUGGGACCGCGAGGGCAGCCACUGGGUCGAGUACCAGGUGUGGGAGUGGGCGGGCAAGGAGAUCCAGCGGCACGAUGCCGACAUCAUGCUGCUGCACGGCAUCAACAACUACGGCGGGCGCGCCUGCGGCACGGGGCUGCAUCUGGCACAGAGCGGCUUCCGCGUCAUUGCCAUCGACUUGCCCUCGUUUGGCCGCUCGACGGGCCUGCACGCCUACGUGCCCAGCAUGCGUCUCAACGUCGAGGCCGCACACGCCGUGCUGUGCGAUGUGGCGCGCAGAGACCGAGAGCAGGGCCGCGGCAGCCGCAAAGUGUUCCUGCAGGGCGAGAGCAUGGGAGGAUUCACGGCACUGUACUACGCCGCCAUCUACCCGCCCAUCUCGCCGCCUUCCAAGGGCGGGCCCGCACGCGACGAGCCGAAACAAGAGACGGGAGACAAGCUGCUGCAUGCUGGCGCAGUGGAUGCUGGCUCCGACGAACGUCCUCGUCUUGCCGGCGUUGCUGUUGCGGCGCCUAUGAUUGCUAUCAGCCCGCACUCACGGCCUUCGAAGCUCGUCGAGCAGAUUGCACGCUUCAUCAUCUUCUUUGCCGGCCGCCUGCCUUUUGCAGCGGGCGUCAAGGGCAAUGUCUCGGACGACAUUCGCGUCGAGGAGGAGUUCCAGGCCGACAGGCACACGUACAAGGGCCACCUGCGCAUCUCGACGGGCAUGGCCAUCCUCGCCGGCCUGGCGGAGCUGCAGGAGCUGGCACCGCGCAUCACGUGCCCCCUCACUGUCCACCACGGCGCCGCGGACCGCGCGACGGACUGGCGCGGCACGCAAGCCUUCUUUGAUCGACUGCCGAGCCAGGACAAGCGGAUAAAGAUCUGGGACGGCUAUGAGCACAUCAUGAUGAAAAACGUGCAGGGCAUGUCUGAGGCGGACCACAAGAAGCGCAUGGCCGUGCUCGACGACAUCACGAACUGGUUCAUCGAGCAGAGCGAGAAGGACAACGCCUGA